AUGGAGCCACUUGGACUAAGAGCUGUAGGUUCACACUGUUCUUUAUCGGAGAUGGACGAUCUUGAUCUGACUCGAGCCUUGGACAAACCAAGACUGAAGAUCGAACGGAAGAGAUCGUUCGACGAGAGGUCAAUGAGUGAACUAUCGGCCGGUUACGGUAUGCACGAUUCUCCCAGAGGCAGGUCGGUGCUCGACACGCCUCUCUCUUAUGCUCGAAACUCCUUCGAGCCUCAUCCUAUGAUGGCUGAGGCUUGGGAGGCUCUAAGGAGGUCAAUGGUCUUCUUCCGUGGCCAUCCUGUUGGCACUCUCGCUGCUGUCGAUAAUACCACCGACGAAGUCUUAAACUACGAUCAGGUGUUUGUGAGGGACUUUGUUCCGAGUGCACUAGCGUUUCUGAUGAAUGGAGAAUCGGACAUAGUGAAACAUUUUCUGCUGAAGACGCUUCAGCUGCAAGGUUCGGAGAAGCGCGUGGACCGUUUCAAGCUAGGAGAAGGAGUGAUGCCAGCGAGCUUCAAGGUGCGUCACGAUGCUACACGUGGAAUGGACCAUCUCGUGGCGGAUUUCGGUGAGACCGCGAUUGGACGAGUGGCCCCUGUGGACUCAGGGUUCUGGUGGAUUAUCCUUCUCCGCGCUUACACAAAAUCUACCGGAGAUUUGACUCUCUCGGAGACACCAGAGUGUCAAAAGGGGAUGAAACUGAUACUGUCUCUGUGCUUAGCUGAAGGGUUCGACACGUUCCCUACACUUCUUUGUGCUGACGGAUGUUCCAUGAUUGAUCGGAGAAUGGGUGUUUAUGGAUAUCCGAUUGAGAUCCAAGCGUUGUUCUACAUGGCACUGAGAUGUGCCUUGUCGAUGAUGAAGCCUGAUGGAGAUGGCAGAGAGUUCAUUGAGAAGAUCACUAAGCGACUUCACGCUUUGAGCUUCCAUAUGCGUAACUACUUCUGGCUCGAUUACCAGCAGCUCAAUGACAUUUACAGGUACAAGACGGAGGAGUACUCGCACACGGCGGUGAACAAGUUCAACGUGAUGCCUGAUUCGAUACCGGAGUGGGUUUUCGACUUCAUGCCUCUCCGGGGAGGCUACUUUGUGGGCAAUGUAGGACCUGCUCAUAUGGAUUUCAGGUGGUUUGCGCUCGGAAACUGUGUCUCCAUUAUGUCUUCCUUGGCCACUCCAGAUCAGUCCAUGGCCAUUAUGGACCUUCUUGAGCACCGUUGGGAUGAGCUCGUUGGCGAGAUGCCUCUCAAGAUCUGUUACCCUUGCCUUGAAGGCCAUGAGUGGCGCAUCGUCACUGGCUGUGACCCUAAGAACACUCGGUGGAGCUACCACAACGGUGGUUCUUGGCCAGUGCUGCUGUGGCAGCUAACAGCAGCGUGCAUCAAGACGGGAAGACCGCAGAUCGCGAGACGCGCGGUUGACCUGAUAGAAUCGCGUCUGCACAGAGACUGUUGGCCAGAGUAUUACGACGGUAAGCUUGGGCGGUACGUUGGGAAGCAGGCGAGGAAGUAUCAGACUUGGUCGAUAGCAGGUUACUUGGUGGCUAAAAUGUUGCUUGAAGACCCUUCACACAUUGGUAUGAUCUCUCUGGAAGAAGAUAAACUGAUGAAGCCUGUUAUCAAGCGAUCUGCGUCUUGGCCGCAACUCUAG